CAGACUGCGGCCCCACCUCUGAGAUUACGAACUCCUCCUCGGCCGGCGUGAAGAGAAUCUCGCGAGCAUUGGUGCGCCUGACGCCUGCGCAGGGGGCGCUGGGGCGUGUAGUUCCCCUUGAGCGAGAGGCGCACGGUGCGGCCGGGAAAGUUGGUCUCGUAGAACUACAGCCGCCCUGGGCUCUCCUUCAGCCCGCUCCUUUCGCAUUGCAUUCUGGGGAGUGUAGUUCGCCGCGGCCCUGACGCUCUCUAGGGACCCAUGGAGCCUCUUCAGAGGAACUACAGCACUGGAAGGAAGCGUCGUUUACUUCCGGCACCGGCAGUUGGGGUUUGGAGACUUCAGAGAAUACGCUCUGUGAGGGCCCAGCUGGUUCCGGGUUCGCUUUUCCUGAACUCGCUGCAAGCACGUGGAAGUAGUUGGACUCUCCCCUAGCAAUGGAUAAAUUCGUCAUUCGAACGCCUCGAAUCCAGAAUAGCCCUCAGAAGAAAGAUCUUGGAGGAAAGAUUUACAAGCAGGCCACGAUUGAAUCUCUGAAGAGAGUUGUGGUUGUUGAAGACAUGAAAAGAUGGAAAACUGUGUUGGAGCUUCCUGAUCAAACCAAAGAGAAUCUAAUUGAAGCAUUACAAGAAUUAAGGAAGAAAAUACCCUCUAGAGAAGUGUUAAAAUCAACAAAGAUAGGUCACACUGUGAACAAGAUGCGUAAACACUCAGAUUCAGAAGUGGCUUGCCUUGCCGGAGAAGUUUACACUGAGUGGAGAACUUUCAUUGAAAAACAUUCAAACAGACCUUCUAUUGAAGUCCAGAGUGAUCCGAAAACUGAGAUGCUCAGAAAAAAUGCCCUGAAAUUACUCUCAGAAGCCUUGGAAUUAGAGAUGGAUCACCUACUGGUUGAAAAUAUUGAGCGGGAAACGUUUCAUCUCUGCUCCCGCCUCAUUAAUGGGCCAUACCGGCGGACGGUGAGAGCCCUGGUCUUCACAUUAAAGCACCGAGCUGAAAUCCGGGCUCAGGUGAAGAACGGUUCACUGCCGGUCGGCACGUUUGUACAGACCCACAAAAAGUGACCUGAAGAUGCUUCCAAGCCCGGGCUGGCAGAGAGGAAAACAGGCCUUUCUCUGCCAUUCAAAGACUCUUUUGAAUUUGGGUGAUGGCUGAAGCCGGCUGUGCGAAAUUUUCCCAUGGUGCCGUUCCUUCAGACAAGGGGUGCAGAGAGCCCUGGGAGACAGACCUACAAGAACGUGCUUCAUUAUCUGUAAUGUGCUGGUGCUGCCUGACAGGGUGCGUGCUGGCUGUCACCAGGAAAGCUGUGCGAUUGCCAUCACCCAACACGGUGAAAGGGGAUUUCACUGUGAGUAUGCCAGGGACACCUAUAAACUUCCCCCAUGUCAAGCAGAUGAAGUUACUACUUUAUUUCGCCACCCUGCAGGUAACUGAAACUCAAUUACCACUGCUGCUCAUUUGGUUCCAUCCCCCCGAGUUUAGAUAGCUCUGGUGCCUUUCAGAACUCCCCCAUCUGUUCUCUUUGCUCUACCCCAGGGGUGAGCCUGCCAGAGCCAGUCAACUGCCCCUUCUUUCCAGAACUCACUUAUCUGAACAUUUCAGCUCUCCCUGGAAGACCUUCUGUGUUUGUCUCUGAAGCCCCCAUGCUGAGGAUUCUAAUGAGGAACUGGCCUGAAGCAUCCCCACACGUCUGGUUUUAUUUGAAUAUGUUGGCUGUCUCGGUUUAGGGCUGUGUAGGAGAUCUGUAGUGAAAUUUCUCUUGAAAUGAAUUACUGUAGUAGGAAAAAAAAUACAUAUAUAUUUUGAAAUGAAAUACCUUUAUAUGGGCCUGCUUGAACAAUUAUGUAAAC